UCUCGUGUCGUGGCGUCGCGCAGAGAGACCUGAGUUGAACUGCGGCAGGCUUCUCUCGAACUCCGGCGAAGGCUCCGAACCGUCGGCGUCAGUUGGGCGGCGUCGGGAUGGACGAGGCGACGAAGAAGAAGGUGGAGGAGACGGUGCUGGGGAUCCUGCGGGGCUCCGACAUGGAGUCCGUCACGGAGUACAAGGUCCGCUCCGCCGCCGCCGCCCGCCUCGGCAUCGACCUCUCCGCCCCUGACCGCAAGCUCUUCGUCCGCGGCGUCGUGGAGGGGUACCUCACCUCCCUCUCCUCCCAGGAGGCGGAGGAAGAGCAGCAGCAGCAGGGCGGCGACGGCGAGGAGGCGAAGGGGGAUGAGGGGGAGGAAGAGGAAGAGGAGGAGGAGGAGGAGGAAGAGGGAGGUGCGCGGAAGAGGGAAUACGACGACCAGGGGGACCUUAUCCUCUGCCGCCUUUCGUCCAAGAGGAGGGUUACGCUGUCGGAGUUCAAGGGCAGGACGCUGGUGUCCAUCCGGGAGUUCUACCUGAAGGACGGCAAGGAGCUGCCGAGCAGUAAAGGCAUAAGUAUGACAGUUGAGCAGUGGGAAGCAUUUCGCAAUGCUGUACCUGCGAUAGAGGAUGCCAUAAAGAAGCUUGAAGAUUCAGACUGAACAUGUUUUGCAAGCCUCUUCUUUUGCCUGUACCAAAUCAAAAGGCCCAUUCUGGCCCCUGAUAAGGGCCAUACGCGGUUUGAAAGUGCCGCAUGGAGCUAUAGAGCUCCUAUGAACUUCUGUAAAAGGUUUCGCUCGGUCAAACUGCCUAGUGCCAUCUGUAGGGUAGACUGUAGACAGUUCGGAAAUAUUUGCUAACGAGUAAUCCACCAGUAUUGUGUAAAGAGUUUGGAAUGUGUGCUAGCAAGCUUGUGAAGUUUCAAUCCAGUUCUUUCCUUCC